AUGACCGACCAAGAUGCCAGCCCAUCAUCCAACCUUCGUCCGCGCCGAGCAACCAAGCAACCCGACCUCGUUCCCGACCGCCACGACCAUGCCUCGACAGCCAUCUCUGGCCAGGACUACCAGGUCACCACGAACCUCCCCGACGUUUUUGUGACUUCCUCAAAUCUUAACGACGACCACGAUGAUCACCCUCGCGCCGAUGACCGAAAUUUCUCCAAAGGCGCCCUCCGCCCUCAUAAGCACAGAACGAAUGGCGCCUUUCUCCUUUCCGAUCCUGUCUUCGGCGCGCAUGCUCCAAAUACCCAGCUACAGUUACCCAAGAGGCAGAGCUUGUUAGAGCCUAGCAGGAAUAGGACCAUUAAGCAUGGCCUGGACAGGUCGCCUGGCCGGAACAAGCGUACGGGUUCUUCGAACGAGGUAGGCCUGGGGCUUGUUCAGCGCUCAGGAUCGACAGCUGAGCCAUCUGUUCGACAAGCACCCUCCAUCACCGGCAGUACUGCCACGUCGAACCGUGCUUCUCUGGCAGGCGAGACGGUCAUUGGGACGAAUCCGUCCCCACGAACAAGCAUGGCGCCCCUAGAUAUGGAGUCGGCCCAGAUUGUGAAUAUGGCUCUUAACCUGAGCGAAUCGAGGAGGAUAGCGUCGCGAAGGAUCAUCUCUCAGCCAGUGCCUCCAAGACUAGGGCCAGUGCCGGAAAACAGUACCGGAGGAAGUCUUCGACAACACCUGCAACAGCAAAGAAAAGUUUCGCGAAAUAUGUCACCUAGACCGGACCACUCCCCGCGCAUCGCAUCUACACGGUCACUGCAAGCUCCAGCCGAUCUCGGACCGUACCAAUACCACUUUUCCCAGUCGACCUUGGCGAGAGCACAAAAGGCAAGGGAAUACUUGGGGUUGAUGGCACAAUACAGACGGAUACUAGAACUGCUACCCCCAUUGAAGGCCGACCGAUCAGCAACAUCUUCCACCGUUAGCCCUCCCCUAACGCCUAGUGGCUCUAACUUCCCUACUAGAUCACCGACCCAUGGCGCCGAAACAAUAAUUGGCCGACCUUAUAAUCCGCUGCAGUAUAUCCGCAACAGGAAAAUUCGGGCUCGUGAGAGGAAGACCCUGGAUGGAGAGGGUCAGGGCUUCAAUGAUGUUGAAAGGGUUUCUGAAUGGGUUGACGAAGUAGCCAAAUGGAUCGCCAAGGGUCAGGACCGAGUACCGGGAAAUCCUUCGAUACCUCCAUUCUCCCCGCCUCGUAUUCUCUCUCAUGAGAAUUCUCCCCAGUCCCUCGCCUCUAGGCCGACAACAGCAAUGCCCAAACUGAAACGACCGCGGGUUGACUGGGCCGUAGAUCCGGCGGAUAUGAUCGCGGACAUCUAUUGGCUUGAACAGGACGACAACAAGUUCCUUCUGGAGGAUAGGAAUUGGAAGCGCCUCUUUCCGCAACGUGGUGCCGAAAUUUACCGUUCGCUCUCAAGAGAUGAUACUCCAGGCUCAAGCAAGAUCUUUUCCAACUCCAAUAGCCUCACGACUCUAGACAAGGCUCGCACGGAACAGCCACCCCAGGUUGCGGAACAAAAGUCAACGCAAAAGGCGCAUCACGAGCAACCGCUCGGCUUUAGUGCAAGUCGGGCUCGGGACAAAGCACAACAGAAACUUCGGGCGCUCAAGGGAUCCCAUCAUCGAGCCAACAGCUCCAUAUACAAUCGCGACAUUAUUCGGAUUCAUAGAGGCUCGUUUUCAGAGUCGUCUGAUACGGACAGCGAUCGGAAGCGGCGGGGCAGACAUGGGACUAUCUCCAGUAGUGGUAAGGACAUACUGGCAAGGCAGAUGGAAGACAUGAUCGCUCAGGAGCAGAGAGAUAUUGAAGCGCAUCCUCUCUAUGACCGGGAUACGCAGCGGUUGAAGCUCCCAGAUGCCGGAUUGGCGACAACCGAAAAGGAUCAGGAGAGGCUGCGGAUUACACCGACGCCUACGCGCGCUGACAACGCUGAUGGCCGCAGGCCAGCAUCCCGCUCUGAGCCGGCCGACUUGGAGGGCUCUUAUUUCAAGCUCCAAGCCAAGCCAGCCCCGGCACAGGUUCUCGCUGGACGGACUGGCGUUGGGUCACUCAAUGAGGAUAGGCGGUUUUCAACUGAUUAUGAUACAUCACCACCAUAUUCGCCCAACUUGCGGCCAAUGCAUGACGUACUAGUUCCUGGACUGGGCAUGGACGUUUCGCCAAGGUCAACGAGACCAAGCUCACCGAUAGCGAGUUCACCGAGCAGAAACCCCCUGACAAAAGUUAGGAGCAUAUUCCGAGAUCGCAGCAGCGAGCGUUUGGCUGAGCUCCCAUCACAUAUCGGAAGAGAAGAGAACCCCGAAUCAGUGCAGUUCCUGUCCGAUCGGCAACCGGUAGAAUCCCCCGCGACUUUGGGCACCGCGACUGGCAUGCUUUCACCUCCCGAGCGGAAGGCCUCUCGCAGUCCUCUUCGCAAAAUAGUGACGAAAGGAACCGACUCGAGCCAAAAAUCGAAUAAGAGUACUGGAAAUCACAAACUUCGGGAAGAUGGAAGCAGUAGCCUGAAAGGGCUAUUCCGGGGGCAACGCAUUGAUAGCGUCUUGCGUAGCGGUGUCUCCAAAGUCAGUGAUAUGUUCUGGCGAAAAGAGACUGCCCCAGGUCCCGUCGAUGAGUACGGUUCUUCAGAUGAGUCUGAUGCGGAGAGCAGAGGAAGGUCCAGGUCCUUAACCAGCUCGCCACCACGAAAGGCUGGUCGUAGUCCGUCUAACUAUGGUAAGGCAAACGGAGAGAAGAGCUACCUGGAUGUCAUGCCACAGUUCAUACCUGCCGCGGAAAAGCAUCAUAGCAAGUCCAAAUCCGUUGGCGGCUCGAUCGAACAGAACGGUUUGCUUAGCGCUAGUCCCCCUUCGCGACCGCUCAGUCGUCGGUCCUCCCGCUUCGAACUUCUGAAACCGCCCAAGAUCGACGUUCAGAAUGCAUCGCCGACAUCAUCUCCAGGUCCACUGGAGAUCACUCGCUCACGCCCAUGGGCUUCCGACGUAUCUGACGUGGAGGGCUCGCGGAAGAGCAGCGUCAACACAGAUGUUGGUGGUGUACGGGACACCGACGCUCGUCUGAACGCCAUGCUAUCCAUGGCCAAAGGCCGUCAACUCUCCAACGCUUCUUCAGUAGGACGCUGGUCCAUAGCCGACAGAGGGGAGAACGCCACGCCCGUCCCUCCCCAUACCAUUGUCUCCAAGCGGGAGAUUGCCCGAUUACGGGCGCUCCUCCUAAGCUCCGGCAUCCACGCAAUGGAAAUCGACAGGCGCGCUAAAGCCCGCAAGCUCUUGAACUCUUCCAACAAGCCCGACAAAACCGCCACCACAACCAAUUCCCGUCUCUCCUGGCCAGACAUAGUCGCCCUCUCUCCCGACCCUUCCACCCGCCAACACCUCCUCGUCCGCCCCGUCGCCCAAACCGACCUCUUCCCCCUAGCCGCCAACAUCCUCUCGUCCUCCAUCCAAAACUCCGCAACAGCAUUCCAGUCCUCCGUCGCCGUCUUCCAAACACAAACCGCGCCCCGCAUGACGAACCGCGUCGAAGCGCUGCGGAGCCGAAUCAGCGGCGAGCUGACGGAGAUGACGAGGCGCGCGGCCGAGGAGGCGGACGACGCUGGUGGCGAUCUUAUGACGCACCAGCGGCUGAAGGUGAAGCGGGUGGUGGACAUGAUUGAUCGGAUGGUGAGGAGACGGCGGAGACGCUUUAGGUGGGUGAGGAGGGCCGGGUGGUUGGCGGUUGAGUGGGUGCUGGUGGGGUUUAUGUGGUAUGUGUGGUUUGUGGUGAUGAUUGCGAGGGUGUUGUUGGGGGUUGGGAGGGGGGUGGUUGGGGUGGGACGGUGGUUGUUGUGGUUGUAG